AUGACUACUUUCAAGAAGUUAAUAAUCUUUCUUUUUCUCUCAAUAUGCCUUUCAUCAUCAUGGGCCAACAACACACAUGAUGAGUACUUUGUUGAAUGUCUUUCUCACAAAAUUAGGAACUCAAACACAAUAUCACAAGUCAUCCACACUCCUAAAAACUCAUCAUAUUCAACCAUUUAUAACUCCUUUUCAGAUCGUAACCUAAGGAUAACCUCCAACUUCAAACCAUCAAUUAUUUUCACUCCUAAUGAUGAAUCUCAAAUCCAGGCAGCUAUACAUUGUUCCAAGAAACAUGGGCUACAAAUUAGAAUUCGAGGCGGUGGACAUGACUACGAGGGACUUUCAUACAUUUCGAAGAUCCCCUUUGUCGUAAUUGAUCUUAGAAACCUAAGAUCAAUAUCCAUUGAUACCCAAAAAAAGACUGCUUGGAUUCAAGCUGGUGCCACCCUAGGGGAAGUUUACUAUAGAAUCGCAGAAAAAAGUAAAAAAUUGGCCUUUACUGCUGGGGUUUGCCCAACUGUUGGUGUUGGUGGACACUUUAGUGGUGGAGGCUACGGUAUGAUGUCACGAAAAUUCGGUACUGCUGCUGAUAACAUCAUUGAUGCAAAAUUAAUCGAUGCUAAUGGACGUAUCCAAGAUCGAAAAUCGAUGGGUGAGGAUCUCUUUUGGGCUAUUAGAGGAGGUGGAGGGACUAGCUUUGGUCUCAUUAUAUCAUGGAAAGUGAAAUUACUCGAUAUUCCAAAAAAGGUGACCGUGUUCAAUGUGCCACGAACAUUGGAACAAAAUGUUACUCAGCUUGUUUACAAGUGGCAACAUAUUGCAGACAAAGUUAGUGACAAUCUCAUCCUCAGGAUCUUCAUAAGAAAUAGUGAAUUUCCAUUCGGGGGUGGGCAAAGGACUAUCCACGCCUCUUUCACUGCACUGUACGUUGGAGGAGUGGAUGAACUCCUCCACGAAAUGCAAAAGAGCUUCCCGGAACUAGGAUUAGUGAAAGACGAUUGCAUUGAGAUGAGUUGGAUUGAAUCUACUCUCUUCUUUGCCAAUUUCCCUAGGAAUACAUCACUUGAUGUGUUACUAAAUUGGAAUACCACAACUAAUCAAACCGGAUUCUUCAAAGGGAAAUCAGACUAUGUCCAACAACCAAUUUCUAUUAAUGGUCUUGAAGGUAUAUGGAAACUAUUCAACCAAUUAGUAGGCGAAAACUCGGGUGCUGAAGUACAGUUUAGUCCUUAUGGAGGAAAGUUGAGUGACAUCUCAGAAUCUGAAACUCCUUUCCCUCAUAGAGCUGGAAAUAUAUUCAUGAUUGAGUAUGCGGUGUAUUGGGGAAAUAUUGAAAAUUCUCAAAGUAACUUAGCUUGGAAUCAAAAACUUUAUGGAUACAUGGCUAAGUAUGUAUCAAAAUCUCCUAGAGCUGCUUAUUUCAAUUAUAGAGAUCUUGAUUUAGGGGUGAACAAUAUUAAUGGAAACACAAGCUAUGCACAAGCAAGAAUUUGGGGAGUGAAAUAUUUCAAGAACAACUUUGAUAGAUUGGUGAAAGUGAAGACUAAAUUUGAUCCAACAAAUUUCUUUAGGAAUGAACAAAGUAUUCCUCCUCUAUUAUCUUAAGCUUAAUUAGUGGUAAUUAAUUUAUAUAUACUACUAUAGUACUGAAAAAUAAAUGUAGCAAGGAUUCGUUCCAAAGAUUAUGUACGAUAUAUAUUGUUUGAUUUAUGAAUAUUAUUCAAGUUAUAAAUU